AUGUCGGUGCUUCGAAAGCUGCUAAUUCAAGGGAUUCGGUCGUUUGACCCGCAGAACCAGGACAUCAUCGAGUUCUACACGCCGCUGACGAUUAUUGUCGGCCAGAACGGGUGCGGCAAGACCACAGUUAUCGAGAGUCUGAAAUAUGCCACCACCGGCGAGUUACCACCAAACAGCAAGGGAGGCGCGUUCAUCCAUGACCCAAAGCUGGCUGGCGAGAACGAGGUCAAGGCGCAGGUCAAGCUGCGGUUCUACAAUGUGACGCAGCGCUCAAUGACAUGUGUGCGCUCGAUGCUGCUGACGCAAAAGAAAGUCACAGUCUCGCAGCGUACAUUAGAGGGUGCUCUCUCCUUCGAUGCGACCCCGACCGAGGACAAGGUCAGCAUCAGCAGCCGGUGUGCAGACCUGGAUGCCAUGAUGCCGGCGCAGAUGGGUGUCUCUAAGGCGGUGCUGGAGAGCGUCAUUUUCUGCCACCAGGAAGAGAGCAACUGGCCGUUGUCUGAGCCGUCAGUCCUGAAAAAGAAGUUUGAUGAGAUUUUUGCUGCCACGCGCUACACCAAGGCACUGGACUCAAUCAAGACCAUUCGCAAGGACCAGAAGGACAAUCUCCGUGUCAGCCAGACCGAGCUCAAGAGCGUGGAGGCGAAGAAGAUAAAAUCUAUAAGCGUGCGUGGCGAGUACGAGAGAUCUACAGCAGAUAUCCACGAAUACCGCACACGGAUCCAGAGCAUCUAUGACCAGGAGAAAGAGGUCACAGCGCAGAUCGAGGCGCUGGCGGAGCAGAUCCAAGAGUUUAUGAGUCUGCGCUCCAAGAUCGAGGCGCUGGAGAUGGGCCUGAAGCAAAAGGUCAGUAGCUACAAGGAGACAGCUGCUAACACGGAAGUGAUGGAACUCUCAGACAGCGAGCUUGGCGCAACGCGGGCAGAUAUCGAGCGCAGUAUCGAGUCAAGGGAUUCAGACGUCACAAGGAAGCGUAAGGAAUGCGACGAGCUCUCGUGCAUGGCCCAGGAGCUCCGGGCACAAAUCGAUGAGACGGUUGCGGAAAUCGGAGUCCUGAAGGCUGCACAAAACAGCAUGGAGGAGAAAAUCGUCAACCGGGCGACGGUCAUUGCUGAACUGUGUGCCCAGCAUGGCCUUGUCAUCGAUGUCGCUGCUGGUGCAGAUGGCCAGGCCAGCGACUGCAGGGCUCAGAUCGAGGAUAGCCUCACAUCCGCUGAGCAAGAGUCUGCCAAGGUCCAGCGCGAGGGCGAGGCAAGGGAGCACGAGCUGCAGCAGGAUAUCCAGCGGGUGCAAUCUGAAAUGCAGUCACACGCAAACACAGCGACGCUCUGCGAGCAGCACAUCGCAUCGAGUGAAGCAGAGAUCGAGUCAUUGAAGCGCAAGCAGACGUCGCUGCAAGUAGACGAAGCACAUGUCAAGAGGCUACAGCUGGAGAUUGAGACCGAAAAGGAGAGGCUGGCAGCCAUAGAGGCGGUGGACUACAAAGCAGAGUAUGAGGAGAAGGCACGCCAUAAUCGGUUCGAGGUGGCUGGCAUCCAUGAGGAGAUCGCUCGGAUUCAAGGAGAAAUCCAGCGCAAUAACAUGCAAGCUGAUACGCGCGCUAAGCUGGAUAUUAAGCGCAAGGAGCUCGAGGACAAAGAGCCACGCUGGCAGGCGCUCAAAGACGAUAAAGACCUGGCCGGGUUUGCCGACACCUCGCAAAUCUGCAACGACGAGAGUAGGCGCACAUCUAUGAUUGAGGAUCGCAUUUCUCAGCAAAAGGCAGACCUGGCCGACUGUGACAUGAAGCUAAAGGCGUCACAGCAUGAUCUGGGCAACAUACAGACGCGCCUGGGACUGGCCAAGUCGUCGCUUGAGAAGCAGACAAAGGAAAUGGCAGCCAAAGAGGACCGCAUUCGCGGCGUUUGUGGCGACAAGCCCUUUAACGAAGUCUAUGCCGAUGCACAAUCUGAAAUGCAUGAGCUGGUCGAGGAGGCUGGCCACUACAAGAGCGCGUCAUCGAUGUUUGAGACAUACAUUCACAAGAUUGAGAGCGACCACAUGUGCCCGGUAUGCCACCGUGGGUGGGAGAGCAAGUCUGAUGAAACCAAACUGGUCAGCAAGCUGAAGCUUGACUACGCAUCAGCACCGGCUGAGCUGCUCAAGGUGGAGGCAGAGAUGAAGGUGUGCGAGCGCCGGAUCGAGGAGCUGAGCGGGCUGCAGUCGAUUGUACGAGAUGUCAAGCUGUGGAACACGGAGGAGCGCGUUGAGCUCGAAUCCCAGAUCAAGUCCCUUACCGAGUCAGGGAACGAGCUGAGCGAGAUGUGCGACAACAUCGACAUGGAGCGCGUGUCAUUGGGCAGCGAGAUCGACUUUAUGGCCGGUCUGAAAGUCAAAUCGGAGGAGCUGGCCGUGCUGAGCAAGGCGCGAAAGGUGCUCUUGGGGGAUAUUGAAGGGUUCGAGCGUGAGCUGCGUGUGACUGGGUCCACCAAGACCGUUUCUGAGUUGCAGCAGGAAAUCUCUGCCUUGCAGGCGCAGGAACGCAAUGCACGGGCUGAGACCGAACGACUGAACCAGGAGUUUAUGCUCAAGCAGCAGGAAAUCGGUACCCAGCAGGCAAAGAUCCGCCAGAUCCAGGAUAAGCUCAGCGAGACCGACCGCCAAAUCAUGGCGCUUCGGUCGAUUGACGAGCGCAUUGCUGAGCUGGGGGCAGGUAUUGUCGAAAACCAGCGCAAAGCCAAGGAGGCGCGCCAGGAUGCCGACAAGGUGGAGCCGCGGUUGCAGAACUGCCAGCAGGCAUUGUCAGAUUUCCGGACGGACCUGAAAAGCGAGGAGGCGAAGGUGCACCAGCGCGUGCGCGAACUGAACCGGGAUAAGGACCGGCUGCAGAUGAUCACCUGUGAGAUCGAGUCUGCACGCGAGUCGCUGAGGUGCCCACCUGGCGAGAAACGGUACCCAGACCGGCUGGCGAUGAUUACCGCGCACAGAGACGAGCUGCAGGCAAAAGAGGUUGAUGUGAAUCGCCGGCUCGACGCAGCGAAAACACAGGUACAGGAAUCUGACCGACUUGCGACUGAGCUAACAGUGAAGCUGCGCCAGGUGAACGACAACCUGCUCUUGCGUUCCAACCUGCGUGACCAGGAAAGCCUCAAAAUGGAGCUCCAGGAGAUCACCGAACGACAGACGCAUCUUGAGAGCCAGCUCAGCGCCAUAGACAACGAGGAGGACGCGGCAGAUGUCGAGCGCGCUGGCCUACAGGGCGAGGUCAAGCAGCUCGAGGACCAGGCACAGCGGCUCAGAAAGGAGCUGUCGACCGACUACAAAGAUAUCGACAUGCUCUAUGUAAAGCAGCUGGUGCAGUGCAAGACAGAGGAGCUGGCCAGCACCGAUCUGGAAAAGUACGGCAAAGCAUUGGAUUCAGCCAUCAUGCAGUACCACUCGCUCAAGAUGCAAGGCAUCAACCGGAUUAUCCGAGAGCUGUGGAUCAACACCUACCAGGGCAACGACAUAGACACCAUCGAGAUCCGGUCGGAAAUGGAAGGUGCGCGCAAUAGCCGGUCGCACAACUACCGGGUCGUCAUGAUUAAGGGCGGCCAUGCCAUCGACAUGCGUGGCCGGUGCAGCGCUGGCCAGAAGGUCCUGGCGUGUCUGAUUAUCCGGCUGGCGCUGGCAGAGACAUUUAGCAUCAACUGCGGAAUCCUAGCCCUGGAUGAGCCGACAACCAACCUCGACCAGGAGAACAUUGACAGCUUGGCGCGCAGCCUGGCACGUAUCAUCAAGUCUAGGCAGGGGCAGCGCAACUUCCAGCUCAUUGUCAUCACGCACGACGAAAUCUUCAUGCAGCUGCUGGGCAAGUCCGAGUAUGCCGACUAUUACUGGCGGGUGUACAAGGACGAGAACCAGUGCAGUGUUCUUGCCCGACGCCCCAUCACUUCCAGUUAG